CUUCCAACCACAUCGACUAGGAUGUCUUCAGAUACUAAUUCACCACCUGACCCGGAGUUUCUUGCUGCAGCAGCCCAACGCCGCAGUGCCACGACAGGAUCAGCAGUUUCUGGUUUUGAACUCCUUCGACAGCAUGAGCAGCAGCAGAAGUUUCGACGUCUGAUAGACCCCGGAAUCCUGAGGCCUAAUUCCCAUGAAGCGGCGAUGGCUUCCUUGAAGAUAUUAUCAAAGAUCUCUGAGAAUCUGUUACGAGAGCCUGAAAACCCCAAAUUCCGGCAGUUCAAGUCGACAAAUGAUACGAUCAGACGGCGCUUGAUUGAAACCAAGGGUGCGCUAGAGUAUGCAAUUGAGAUGGGGUUUCGUCCGGAGGUCAAGGAAUUUCAGCCCCUCUACGUCUGGAAUGAGCGCAAAAGCGAAGAACUACGCCUUGGCGCUCAAAUAUUACAAGAGACUAUAGAACUAGCUGAGAAAAAAUCAGCCAGGUCUCAAACAAGUGCGGCUGAAACGAAGGCUGCCGCUGAGGCUGCCAAACGAAAUGCUCUACUGGCUUUCAUGGACGACCGCAAAACCAAGAUGCUUCGUGAUCAGCGCGAUCGCCACAAUCGCGAAGUUCGAGCCCUUCACCGUCCGAGUGUAGACGGCGAAGGAACUAUAUCCCCUUCUCCACCGCCCUCCAAUGCAGAAAUGCCAGGUAGUGGUCAUGUUUUGUCAUCACCUGACCCUGUAGUAGAUGAACUUCCCCCGUAUCGUGACUGAUCAUUUCAAUCCCUGCCGAUCUAACAUGUUCGCAUUUACGCAGACCAACGGUCAAGUAUUAUUAUAUGAAUCGAUUAAUUUGUAGAAAUACAACAAACACA